CUGUGUUAGUGGAAGUCUACACAGCAUUGGAUCUGACGCGCCCCCCCCCCCCCCCCCACUUUCAAGUAGGUAGGACCAGUCUGGAGAGCGCAGUCAGCCCAGAGGAGCCUGGCAUCAUGGAGAAGCUGUUUGUCUUGGUCUUCGCUCUCGCCCUGCUGGCUCUUUCCUCAGAAGCCUUCCCGAUUCUGACAGAAAAGGAGGCGAAACAGCUCCUGAGGUCCAGGCGACAGGACAGGCCCAGCAAACCUGGAUUCCCGGACGAGCCCAUGCGGGAGUAUAUGCAUCAUCUCCUGGCCCUGGAGCACCGUGCUGAAGAGCAGUUUCUGGAACACUGGCUGAAUCCUCACUGCAAGCCGCACUGCAACAGGAACAUUGUCCAUCCUGUGUGAAGGACCUGGGGCCAGCUCGCCCGAAGCUCCUGAAGCUCUUCCUGCCAGUUCGCAAGUGUAGGCAGAACCCCAGUCCUGCCUUAGAAGAGGGAAGUGCAUCACUUGGGUCAUCUGCUUUUUCCUUUCUUUGCUGAACUAAUAAAGGCCGGUGCUUAGUCUUUCUGUGUGUCUGUCUCUUUCCUAUGA